CAGUUUUCAGUGUGAAUGUGCCCCAUUCAGUAGUUACAACGUUUGGGACAUACUAACACGAAUGCCGACAGUGUUCGGUGUUUAUGCGAAAUCUAAAGAAUUUUUAAAGGUUGUACUUAUUUAUUCGUGAGAGACACACAGAGAGAGGCAGAGACACAGGCAGAGGGAGAAGCAGGCUCCAGGCAGGGAGCCCGACGUGGGACUCGAUCCCGGGUCUCCAGGAUCACGCUCUGGGCCAAAGGGAGGACGAACGCUCAACCCCUGAGGCACCCAGGGGGGCAGACACAGAAUAGUAGCUGAGAGGGAGGAAGUAAGACAGAGGAGUGUUUGUAGGACGCUGGCUUUCCUGAAGAUGAGGGAGCCUCGCCCCUGGGGGAGAGGUGUGGGGGCAAUUCUCACAUCUGUCUUCUUUCUCCUGGGCUGCUGGGGACUCUCCGAUUUCCAGCAGCAAUUUCUUCAGGCUUUGGACCCGGAGGAAGUGACUUCUUAUUUUGGCCCUGAAGCUACCCUAAAAGCACCCCCAUUUGAUGUGGCCCCGCUCAGCUGCAUCUGUGAAGAUGGGCCCGGGGUGCCUCCCUGCCGGGCCCUGAGCUGCUCCCUGCACAUCUGGGGACAGCUCUUCACCAUCUCCUUCCCGCCUGAAUGGAGCCUCUUUACCACCUCCUUCACCAGCGAGCUCGUCCUGAACGCCUCCCUCCAGCUCCUGAGGCGGCUGCCCCAUCUCUGCUUCUUGGGGGGCCGCCCCCUGCUGCCCCUGGGGGCCGCGGCCAGGGUCACUUACUGCUCAGGCCACUUGGAGGGUGACAUCCUGGUGGGUGCAGACCUGUUCUACAUCCAGCCAGUGAAGAUGCAGCACCGGGAGCUGGUGCCACCCUGGGCUCUUGCCCAGCCCCACCUGAUCCACAGGCCUUUCCCCAAGGCCCCCACGGCCCCCGAGGCCCUUAACACCAUCCGAGAAGCUUCGCUGUCAGCCCCGACUCCUCCCUCACCAGGCCGUCCUCGGUCCCCUCGCCUCCGGAGAUGGGUUGCUGGGAGUGUCCUACACCUGGAGCUGCUGGUGGCCGUGGGCCCCGACGUCUAUCAGGCUCACCAGGAGGACACUGAGCGUUACGUGCUCACUAACCUCAACAUGGGGUCAGAGCUGCUGAGGGACCCAUCCCUGGGGGCUCAGUUCCAAGUGCAUCUGGUGAAAAUGGUCAUUCUGACCCAGCCCGAGGAUGCUCCAAAUAUCACGGCCAACAUCACAGCAUCACUGCUGAGUGUCUGUGAGUGGAGCAGGACAGUCAACCCUGAGGACGACACAGAUCCUGGCCAUGCCGACCUGGUCCUCUACAUCACCAGAUUUGACCUGGAGUUGCCUGAUGGUAACCGGCAGGUUCGGGGAGUCACCCAGCUGGGGGGCGCUUGCUCAUCUUCCUGGAGCUGCGUCAUCACUGAGGAUACUGGCUUUGACCUGGGGGUCACCAUCGCUCAUGAGAUUGGUCACAGCCUGGGCCUGGAGCACGACGGCGCGGCCGGCAGCGGCUGCAAGCCCAGCGACCACGUGAUGGGCUCCCAGGACCAAGCGGCCGCCCGUGGGGACCUCUCGUGGUCUGCCUGCAGCCGCCAGCAACUGCUGCAUCUACUCAGCGCAGGACUGUUGCGCUGCCUGGGGGACCCGCCAGAGCCACAGGCUGGGGCCGCCGGGCGCCUUCCCCAGGCGCAGCCUGGCCUCCUGUACGGCUCGGACGAGCAGUGCCGCGUCGCCUUUGGCGCUGGGGCAGUGGCCUGCACCUUCACCAGGGAGCAUCUCGACAUGUGCCAGGCUCUGUCCUGCCACACGGAUCCCUUGGACCAAAGCAGCUGUAGCCGCCUCCUCAUCCCUCUCCUGGAUGGGACAGAGUGCGGCGUGCAGAAGUGGUGCUCCAAGGGUCACUGCCGCUCCCUGGCAGAGCUGAGCCCAGUGUGGGUGGUGCACGGGCAGUGGUCUAGCUGGGGUCCCCCCAGCCCUUGCUCCCGCUCCUGCGGAGGAGGUGUGGUCUCCAGGAGGCGACACUGCAACAACCCCAGGCCUGCCUUUGGAGGGCAUGUGUGCGUGGGUGCUGACCUCCAGGCGGAGAUGUGCAACACCCAGGCCUGUGAGAAGACCCAGCUGGAGUUCAUGUCUGAGCAGUGCUCGCAGACGGACAGGAAACCGCUCUACCUGACCCCGGGGAAUGCCUCCUUCUACCGCUGGGGCUCCGCUGAGCAGUACAGUCAAGGGGAUGCCCUGUGCAGACACAUGUGCCGGGCCAUUGGCGAAGCCUUCAUUGUGAGGCGUGGGGAAAGUUUCCUAGAUGGGACCCGGUGUGUGCCAAGUGGUCAGCGGGAAGACGGGACCCUGAGCUUGUGCAUGUUGGGCAGCUGCAAGACAUUCGGCUGUGAUGGCAGGAUGGGCUCCCAACAGGUGCGAGACGUGUGCCAGGUGUGCGGAGGGGACAACAGCACCUGCAGCCCACAGAACGGCUCUUUCACAGCCGGAAGGGCCAGAGAAUAUGUCACGUUCUUGACAGUUACCCGCAACCUGACCAGUGUACACAUCACCAACCGGAGGCCUCUCUUCACACACUUGGCGGUGCGGAUCCGAGGGCACUACAUUGUGGCUGGGAAUUCCAGCAUCUCUCCCAGCACCACCUACCCCUCCCUCCUGGAGGACAGCCGUGUGGAGUACAGAGUGACCCUCACAGAGGACCGGCUGCCACGCCUGGAGGAGAUCUCCAUCCGGGGACCCACCCAGGAAGACAUGGAGAUCCAGGUUUACAGGCGCUACGGGGAGGAGUAUGGUGACCUUGCACGCCCAGACAUCACCUUCACCUACUUCGAGCCUAAACAGCCACAGGCCUGGGCCUGGGUUGCCGUGCGGGGAUCCUGCUCGGUGAGCUGUGGGGCAGGGCGGCGCUGGGUGACCUACAGCUGUCUGGACCAGGCCAGGAACGUGUGGGUGGAGGCUGCCCAGUGCGAAGGGAGCCAGCAGCCAGCAGCGUGGUCAGAGUCCUGCGCCCCCAGGCCCUGCCCCCCACACUGGGCAGCUGAGGACUUUGGUGUGUGCAGUGCCUCCCAUGGGGGAGGCUUGCAGGAGAGGGUGGUGCAUUGCAUGGAGGCCCAGGGCAGCCUCCUGAGGACAUUGCCCCCUACUUGGUGCAGAGUACCGGCCCCGCAGCCAGCAGUGCUAGAAACCUGCGACUCUCAUCCCUGCCCCAGGAGAUGGGAGGCAUCGGAUGCAUGCGCAACAGCCUGUGGAGCAGACCUGGCAUCACAGAAUGUGACGUGUGUGCACGGGGUAGCUGGCCUGGAGACACUGGCCACGGCUGGACCCUGCUCCACAGAUGAGAAGCUGCCUGCCCUCAAGCCCUGUGUGGCCACGGCAUGUCCUCCGGGACAGGGUUAUCCAGACCUCCAGUCUCUGGAGGAGGAGAAGGAGGCCACAUCCCCAUCAGGAAGUGCUGGGCUGGGGGCUCGCACCACACACAUGUGGACCCCCCUGGCGGGGCCAUGCUCUGCCUCCUGUGGUCAAGGCCUGAUGGAGCUGAACUUCAUGUGUAUGGACUCUGCCCUGGGAACCCCUGUCCGGGAAGAGCUAUGUGACCUGGAAAGCAAGCCUGGGAGCCGGCAGGAGGUCUGCCAGGCUGCCCCAUGCCCGGCUUGGUGGAGGUACAAGCUGGCCGCAUGCAGUGUGAGCUGUGGAGGAGGGUUUGCGCAGAGGAUGCUAUAUUGUGCACGGGCUCACGGGGAGGACGAGGAUGAGGAGAUCCUGCCAGAUACCCAGUGCCAGGGGCUGCCUCGUCCAGAGCAGCAGGAAGCCUGCAGCCCAGAGCCCUGCCCACCCAGGUGGAAAAUCAUGUCCCUCGGCCCAUGCUCAGCCAGCUGUGGCUUUGGCACUGCCACACGUUCUGUGGCCUGUGUGCAGCUCAGCCAAGGCCAGGACAUUGAGGUGGAUGGGGCAGCCUGUGCAGCUCUGGUUCGGCCUCAGGCCAGCAUCCCCUGCAUCCUCGCCUAUUGCACCUACCGGUGGCAUGUCAGCACCUGGACGCAGUGCUCUGUCUCCUGCGGAGAUGGCAUCCAGCGCAGGCGUAAGGCCUGCCUUGGACCCCAGGCCCAGGCACCUGUGCCGGCUGACUUCUGCCAGCACUUGCACAAGCCAGCCACCGUGCGGGGCUGCUGGGCUGGGCCCUGUGGUGGGCAGGUGACUCCCAGGCCAGCACCCAACGAGGAAGCCACUGCUCCAGACCAGGCCACUGCUGGUGCCUCUCCGGAGUGGCCUCAGCCCCAGGCCCACCUUCUCUCCCCAGCACCCCCGCUUCAGAGGCUUCUGCCUGGGUCUCAGGAAAACCCAGCUGAGUCCAGUGCCUGUGGGCGGCAGCAUCUUGAGCCAAUGGGAACCAUUGACAUGCGAGGCCCAGGGCGGGCUGACUGUGCAGUGGCCAUUGGGCGGCCCCUGGGUGAGGUGGUGACCCUCCAAGUCCUCGAGAGUUCCCUCAGCUGCAGUGCUGGGGAUGUGUUGCUGCUUUGGGACAGGCUCACGUGGAAGAAGACGUGCGGGAAGCUAUCUGGCAUGACUUUCAGCUCCAAGACCAACACGCUGGUGGUGAGGCAGCGCCGCGUGCGGCUGGAAGGCGGGGUUGUGCUGCAGUACAGGAGCCGGCCUGCACCGGGAGCCCUCCACCGAGAGUGUGACAUGCAGCUCUUUGGACCCUGGGGGGAAAUCGUGAGCCCCUCUGUGGGUGCUGAUGGGAGGAACUCAGGGGGCUGCCGCAUCUUCAUUAAUGUGGCCCCACAGGCCCGAAUUGCCAUCCAUGCCCUGGCCACUGACGGCACAGGAACCGGUGCCAGCUAUGUCUUGAUCCGGGACAUCCACAGCCUGAAGACGAUGACAUUCCGUGGGCAGCAGGCACUCUACUGGGAGUCGGAGGGAAGCCAGGCUGAGAUGGAGUUUAGCCAGGGCUUCCUGGAGGCGCAUGCCAGCCUGCGAGGCCAGUACUGGACCCUCCAAUCUAGAGUGCAGGAACCUGGCUGGGCUGAGCCCUAGCUUCCUCUCUGAGCACAUACCUCCAGUGACCUGUGGGCACAGGGGGAUGCCUCCUCCAGACCCCAGAAGAGAAAGGAAGGAGCCUGACAUUUAUGAGCACCUCUUAGGUGCCCGGUGAGGCCCGGAGGGUUGAUUCUGGGCUCUGAAGGCUCUCCAAUUUGGAUUCCCUCCAAUCUUUAUCUCCUUUAGGACUUCCUCCAACAUGCCAAAGGCUGGGCGGUGGGAGGCAGGGACUGGACUCGCUGGAAAGGCAGUCUCCAGCCUCUCUACCAAUAAACGGAAUGUGCAGUCUGA